CCCGCACCGACCCCCGACCCGCCGGACCCUCCGGACCCACCGCCAUGCCCGUGACAGACCAGGCGUUUGUGACCCUUAGUACCAAUGAUGUUUACUGCCACGGAGCUCUGGUGCUUGGACAAUCCUUGAGAAAUCACAGGGCAACGAGAAAACUGGUGAUCCUAAUUACACCUCAAGUGUCUGGCCUACUGAGGAGGGCCCUCUCUCAAGUGUUCGAUGAAGUCAUUGAAGUGAAUCUGAUGGACAGUGCCGACCCCGUAUCCCUGGCUCUGCUGAGGAGGCCGGAGCUUGGUGCGGCACUGACCAAACUCCACUGCUGGACUCUCACUCAGUAUAACAAAUGCGUGUUCAUGGACGCGGACACAUUGGUGCUCUGUAAUAUCGACGAAUUAUUCGACCGGGAGGAAUUGUCGGCAGCCCCAGAUUCUGGAUGGCCAGACUGUUUCAAUAGUGGAGUUUUCGUCUUCAGACCUUCUCUGAAAACCCACAACCUCCUGCUACAGCAUGCUGCGGAACAUGGAAGUUUUGAUGGGGCUGACCAAGGUUUAUUGAAUAGUUUCUUCAGUAAUUGGGCAACUGCAGACAUUCGCAGACAUUUGCCGUUUAUUUAUAACUUGAGCAGCAGUGCAACCUAUACAUACCUUCCUGCUUUCAAACAAUUUGGUUCUGAUGCCAGAGUCGUUCACUUCCUGGGGGCCUCCAAGCCGUGGCACUACAAGUACCACCCCCAGACGGGAUCGAUAGCCGAGGACAACCGGGCCCGGGGAGGGGAGCACCAGAACCCCUUCCUGCAGCUCUGGUGGAGAACUUACAGUCGCCACGUGCUGCCUUUCUUCGAGACCCUUCAGCCGGGAGAAGACGGACAAUCCCCGGGCCCGAAGCUUUGUUCCAGCGGGACCGAGAUGUUCCCGAGACCAUCAAACCCAACAACUGGGCUGGCUCUGCCUGUACUUCCGCAUCCAGAACAGACUCCGGCUGAAUGUCCUCCCGAAUCCUCCCCGGAGGAGUUGGGAAAGCAAGAGACUGUAGAGCUCACUGGGACUGAAAGUUCUAAUCCUGUUUCCUGCGAACCCGGAAGACCAGCUGCCCCAAGCCUUACGGACCUCACAGAGAUUCAAGUCACCCCGGCUCCAGUCCAUAAAGGGGAAUACCAUUCUGCAGACUGUGUCACAGAUCAAAAGCCAGAAGCAUCACAGUUCCUGUUCUUCCAAGAGCCUGUUCUUCAGAAACCACUGGCGGUCGACCUGGCCGUUUUGGAACCGCCCAUUCCGCUCAAAGCCACGGAGCCCAACCCGGAGGAAGAGAGGAGGAAAUGGGAAGAGGGACAGGUAGAUUACCUGGGAAAACACGCAUUCGAAUGUAUUCAAAAGAAGCUAGAUCGAUUUUUACAGUAGAUCGUGCGGAGAGGCUGAUGCGUUAAUAGAAGCUGCCUCGUUAUCACUCGGGUCUUGUGGAAGAAAAAUCCUCUCUCCAGACCUGGAGCGAAGUAGACUUUCUAAACUGCGGGCUUCUCUCUCUGACGCCUCGUUUCGUGCGGACCAAAGACAAAAUCGGCUUCAAAUACCCAGCAGAUGCGAGAGAAUAAUUUUGUCAGGUUUUUGUUUUUUUUUUUUUUUACUACAUUUAACCUUGACUGAGGAGGUGAGAACUAAAUAUAUUUUCAGCCUUCCAUAAAUAAAACUGCCAAGCCGAGAAACAGAUGUGCAAUGCCGGCUCGGUCACGUGGGACAGGAUGCCGUUUCUAAAGUUUAAAACUGCUCCGCGGAGUCGCCGGGAGAUGUCUCAUUAGAGAUUCCGGGGGAAGAGGGGAAUUUGGGAUUGUAUCUUAAGCCUCCGGGAAAUUUCACUGUUGUGGUGCCUCUCGGUAUUCAUCUUGACAGGAACGAUGUCAUUCUCUACUGUAACCGGGACCCGGAGAUAGCAUCGGCUGCACGCUUGUGGCGGCCGCACGUCUCUAGCAUUCCGUUUUCAAAACCUUCUUCGAAACACUGCGCUCCGUACACCUUUCGACACCUCUCGAGCGAGUUCUCAGUUCUGCGAGAACUGUCCCCUCUUUUUUUUUUUCCUCCCAAAGCGAAGCCGUAAAUUGCAAAUAGACGCCUGAAUCGCCGCCGCAACGACGGACGGGCCACAGCGUAUUUCACAAGGCGGUGGUGAUGGGUUGAGGGCAAUUCCAGUGGAAAGGGUAAGGGAAAUGUGCUUUUUCAAUGUCUGUGAAGUGCUGAGACGAGCUGGCGUCGCACCACGAGUGUGCAGUUGGAAGACUGUGGACGCGCCACGGGAUUUUCUAGGUUCAAAGUGGACGUUUGCACGUGACAUCCAAUAAGUAAGUGGAGAUGUGGAAAUUCCCUUUUUUUCUUCCCCCGCUUCCUGUGGUCUGGCCAGAGAGUGUCCUGUCGGAAGGCGGGGCAGGUGGUCAAAGUCGUCCCCGGCAGACACUUGUCCUCCCUCCCGGAACGGUCCUCCGUCCCCAGCGGUCACGGAAAAGAGGGGAUACGAGAGGAGCGCGCACACCCUCACCUAAACCCUCCCCGGGGCUUCCUGCUAGACACCCCCCAAAAGGGAGCCCUGGGCUGAAAAUGGAUGUGCUCCGAGUCAGCAGCGAUGAAAUAAAAUCAUAAAAUUAAACUAAUUAAUUCACAAGUUAA